CAUAAUGCUAAUACAUUUUCAUUAAAAAACCAUUUAAAAACUAAUUUAAAGUUGAAAUUUUUCUUCAGCGAGAACAUAAUGUUGUAUCGAGAACGUAUUUAUAACGAGUUACUUCUAGUUAUCCACUGGGUACGAUCAUGUAUGAGUUUACUUUAUAAAAAGUUGUUUUCGAAUAUCGACAUUAUUGCUUUGUUGAAAAGAUUUUUUCCAAUACUGGUUUGGCUUCCACAAUAUAACUUGAGGAAAUUACGAGGCGAUAUAAUUGCUGGAUUGACUUGCGGUGUUGUUGUUAUUCCACAAGGCAUUGCAUUUGCUAAUCUUGCUAAACUUCCGCCACAAAAUGGUUUGUAUGCUUCAUUAACACCUGGCUUAAUUUACUGUUUAUUCGGUACAUCAAAAGACGUAAGUACAGGCACUGCUGUAACUCUUGGCUUAUAUACAGCUAGUUUCAAUCCAACUCAUACAACAGUAGGUGCAUCUCUUUUAAGCUUUAUAAGUGGUAUUGUUUUGGUAUGUAUGGGCAUUUUUAAACUUGGAUUUCUAAUUAAAUAUGUUCCACAGCUUGUCAUUAGUGCAUUUGUCUCAGCUACAGCUAUCACCAUUAUUGUAACACAGUUUUCAAAUUUAUUUGGAAUCAAAGGUGCACCAGUUAAUGUGUUUGAGAUUCUUAAAUACAUAAUAUUGAACAUCAAGAAAACAAAUAAAUGGGACAUAACUAUGAGCGCGUGCUGUCUUUUUAUUCUUGCGAUUUUCUUUUGGCUUUCAAGUUUAAAACUUGAAAACAAACCAUUAUUAAAAAAAAUAAUUUUGUUUUUAUGUGGUGCUCGCAUGGCUGUUGUGUGCCUGUUUGCAACAAUUACUGUUUAUAUAUUUCAUGUUUAUGGUUACACCAAGUUCUCUAUUGCUGGCAAUAUUCCAAAAGGGUUGCCUCAUUACCAGAAUCCAUUUCAACCUGCAGUUAAAGGGAAUAUUACAUAUACAACAAAGGAUUUACUCGACAGUUAUGGUGCUUCUACUAUUAUCUUGCCGAUUAUCAUGUUCAUCGAGCAAAUUUCAAUAACAAAAGCAUUUGGGAGAAAGUUUAACUACAAAGUAAAAGCACAAAAUGAGUUAAUUGCUAUAGGAAUGAUGAACAUUGUUGCUUCUUUUUUUGGUGGUUGGACUGUUGGUGGAAGUUUUACACGCUCUGCAGUUAAUUCUAUGAGUGGUGCUCAAACUCCCUUUGCAGGUGUAAUAUGUGGGGUUGUUGUAUUGCUUUCUCUUGAAUUUAUGACUCCUGCAUUUUACUAUAUUCCGUCAGCUGCUCUAGGGUCCAUGAUGCUGAUGGCCGUAUUAACUAUGGUUGAAAUGAGUUUAACAAUAAACAUUUGGAAAUUGUACAAAUGGGAUUUAUUACCAUUUUUGGCUGCUUUUUGCAUGAGUUUCUACAAACUAGAAUACGGAGUAAUGGCUGGAACAGGGAUUGCAAUUCUAAUAAUGCUGUCCCGUGAGGCUCGUCCAAAAUAUUUUUGCGAGGCGGAUGAGACGGGGAAAUCUCUAACUCUUCUACUAAUGGAAAAUUUAACUUAUCCAGGAGUCGAUGCUGUAAAUAAAACAAUUUAUUCUGAAGUCAAUAGUUGUGCUGGUAUUAAAACGUUGUACUUAGAUAUGUCGACCAUGGUGCGAGUUGAUUUCACAAUACUUAAAAAUUUUGAAUUUAUGAAGGCCGAGUUGUCAAAAAAAGAAGUUAGCCUUCAGUUUAUCAAUUUCUCUCGCGACUCCAUAAAGAAUAAGUUCAUUAAUGCUGGUUUAAUUCAAAUGGAAUCUUAUCUGCCAGGACAAGAUGAGGUAAACAUUGACGUCCCACCAAAUCAUCUAAGUAGAGAAGAAAUUUCAAAAUUAAAGUAUAUGAAAACUGGAAUUAAUGGAGAUGAUGACGUUGAAUAUGUCGGAUGUGUUGUGGAGAAUAAUAAUAACAUAGAUAAUGCGUUUUUUCCGUGUUCUGUUGAAAAUAUUCCACAUCCCGAAUUUUAAUAAAUUGUGUAGUUAUUUAUCCUUCAGUGUCGUUUUCAUUUUGUUUGUUUUGUUUUGUAUCAAUUGCUUUCAUAUUGUGUUGAUUAAAACAAUUUGAUUGUA